GUAUCUAUCUCUUUAAUAGAAUACGAGAUAUGUCAACCGAAACAGAUCAAGAAACAAACAAUGUGACUUUAAUAGAAACUUCAUCAACAGAAGAAAGGACAAAUUUAGAAUCUACAAUAAUCAAUAAUGAGGAAAAAGUAGAAACAACAGAGGAUUUCGCCACUGCUUAUGGAGUUUCCGUCUUUAUACCCGAUUUUUCUUAUCCAUUUUCUCUAAUCAGUUCAACACAUGAUCGUUAUAACGAUACUAUAAGCAACUGUCUCAAAAAUGAUUUUGAAAUUAUUCAACAAAAGCCCUCAUUUCCUCAGUCUAAUGACAAUAAUUUCUUUCGAAACAUUAAAUGGUCGCCUGAUGGAUCUUGUCUUUUGAGUAAUUCAGCAGAUAAUGUGAUUCGUUUAUUUCAAAUACCGUCCAAUGCGUAUGAGGACUCUGAAGAUGCGGAUAAAGUACUACCUAUGAUACCUAACAUAGGAAUUCGUGAAGGUGAAUCUAUUUAUGACUUUGCCUGGUAUCCAUCCAUGAAUAUGCAAGAUCCAUCGACUUGCUGCUUUAUCACAUCUGUACGCGAUCAUCCCGUUCAACUUUGGGAUCUCUAUUCAGGCACAGUUAGAGCUUCUUAUCGGGCUAUUGAUCACUGCGAACGGUUUGUUGGUCCUAAUGCACUUGCCUUCAAUCUUGAUGGGUCAAAAAUUUAUUGUGGUUAUGAAAACAUGAUUGAAAUCUUUGACGUGCAAACUUCUGAAAGUGUUCUAAAGCGUUCAACUGUCCCAACUCGUAAAUUAAGGAAACGUGGCCAAAAUGGUGUCAUUUCUUGUCUUGACUUUUGUCCUACAGGUGAUGGCAUCUAUGCAGCUGGGUCCUAUAGUAGAUCCAUUGGUCUAUAUGACGAAGUUAACAAUGAACUAUGUCUCAAACUUAUUCUCGACAACAAGCAAGGAAGUGGUGUCACUCAGGUAAAGUUUUCUCCAGAUGGACUUUACUUGUUUUCAGCAUCACGACAAUCCAACACGAUCUUAUGCUGGGAUAUUCGAAACACAGCUAAUACUUUAUUCGAAUUGCCCUGCCGUAGUAAGACAAAUCAAAGGAUUCAAUUUGAUUUAACUGGGAUGGGGAAAUAUCUUGUGACAGGCGAUAUGGAUGGUAAUGCGUUAGUCUAUGAUGUUACAAAGGCAGAGGAUGACAUGGAACGUCUUGUAUCGACAACACGACUACACGAUGAUUUAGUUUCUUCUACAGCUUUAAACCCUGUUUAUCCUGUAAUGGCUACAUGUUCAGGACAGCGUAAAUUCAGACUGCCUGUUGAUGAUGAUGAUGAUGAUGACGAUGAUAAUGAAGUAGUGAUAGAUAAUACUAUUAAAAUUUGGAGAAUGAAGGGACAAUACGAAUGGUAUUCAUAUGAUACAAAUAUAGAGACUGAAUACCAACAAGACAUAGUUGCAUAAAUUAU